ACUCUAUUUUACACUCGGCGUAUCCAUUGCGCACGACACGAGGGCAUUAUCAUAAUAUAAAGGCAGAUAGUCUAAAUACGCAUCAUUACAAAGCCCUCAAGUGAGAGUAAACUUUGUGUCUUUAAGAUUAGAAGAGAAUAUUGAAACUUCAAAAUGCUGUGCUCCAAGGUCUCAGGAAGCAAGAACCAAUGUUGCCAAAUGAAAUGCGAUAAAAAUGGAUGUGUUUGUAUACAAACUGAAGGACAGUCAUAUGUUUGGUUAUGUAUAGAUGACAAGAAGAAUAUUAUAAAAUGUGAGGAAAGGAAACCUGAGUGCAAAUAUAUUUCUACUGAAGGAAAAUCAUGUAUUUGCGUUUGUGUUGGAAAUGAUGAAGAUAUUAAAGUUUGCGACGACUGUCAAUGUAUACAAACUGAUGAACAGUCCAGUGAUUGGUUAAGUCUAGAUGACAAGAACAAUAUUAUGAAGUGUGACGACUAUUGUUCCCGUAUUGACAGCAUCAAACGUCAGAAUAAUAAAUCUAAUAACAUUCUCACGGCAGGAAAAUAUAGUAUUUACGUUCGUGUAGACGAUAAUGAAGAAAUCAAAUUAUGCGGCGAUAGCAAGACUAUUUCGAAAGAAAAAUCCGAUAAAGAAAUCAACAAAAAAAAGUGCGCCAACAGAGGAUAUGUAAGUCUAUCUAGAAAUAAAACAAUUGUGUACAUGUGUGAUGCAAAUGAUAAAGAUAGUGGUAAAUCUAGUGAUGAGUGCGAUUGCGACGAAAGUAGUUCCAGUCAGGGAAGUUCCAGUUGCAAUUGUGUUUGCAUUCCCUGCGAUGGUGAAGAAAAUCUUUGCAUUGGUAUAAAUGUGAAGGGAAAAAUUGAGGUUUGUGAUGAUUGUUCCUGCGGUCAAGAGGACAAACCUAAAACGUGUGACAAUAAAAAAUGUGACAAAAAAAAUUGCGUUUGUAUUCAAACACGUGGCAAAGCAUUCGUCUGCGUUGGUAUUGAUGAUAAAGGUACUAUAAUGUGUUACAGUGAUUGUACUUGCGAAAAUGAUUGCAAACAGGGAUCUUCCAAAUCUAAAUCUGUUUUUGUUCCCAGUGGUGCAUCAUGUAUAUGUGUUUGUCUUGACGAUAAUAGAAAAGUUACUCCCUGCUUUGAUUGCAGUUGUAAAGAGGAGGAAAAUAAAGAGCAGAAUUGUGAAGGCUGCAGUUGUAUCCAUGAAGAAAGUUUACCUGUUUUAUUGUUUACGGAUGAUACGUCUAAUGAAGUGAAAAAGGCAAUCUUAGAAGAUAAAUCUACUAAUACUUCUUGUGCUGACUGUCUGUGUGAUAUUCCUAGAUGCACCAGUUACAAAUGCAUUUGUCCCCCCGAUACAAAUACUGUCACUAUUGUCAAAAAGUUUGCAGAUAUUGGCGAUUCUCAUGACUGCAACUGUCCCGAACCUAAGGGUACAAAUAAAUCUAAAUGCUGCAAAAGAAAAUAGCUAUUCAGCUAUAUGAAGAACUUUGUUAAUGUGUUUUUAAUUAUUUUUGUUUUAAAAAUAUUUUUAUAACAUUUUUCCAAUGGUGUUUUUGGAACAAUUAU